ACUCGGCAACCUUAUUGCUUAAAAUCCCCGUUGUUCAUUCAUUUCUCGUGCUUUAUCUCUCUCUCUCCAAUGGCGUCAUCAGAGCUAAAAGAAACACUUGGAGAACUAAACAAAGAAUCAUACGUGAAUCUCUUAACCAAACUCAUUGGAGAAACCAAGUAUUUACAGAACAACCCACCUGAGUUGAUCCCAGAAGAAGACAGGGUUGUCAACCACUUGCUUCAGAUUCUCUCUCCUCUCUCCACCGCUACCGGUGGUGGGCCACUCAUCAUCAACCAUGCUACUUACUAUCCCAAAAGGGGAAACCUCAUUGUUGAGUACCCGGGUACCCAGCCCGGAAAAGUUGUCUCCUUUGUGGGUUGUCAUAUGGAUGUUGUCACCGCUGAUCCUGCUGAUUGGGAUUUCGAUCCUUUCUCAUUGAGCAUCGAGGGUGAUAUACUUAGAGGUCGAGGGACUACAGACUGUUUGGGACACGUUGCCUUGGUAGCUGAAUUAAUGAAGAAGUUAGGGGAGACAAACCCAAAAUUAAAGUCGUCCGUGGUUGCAGUCUUCAUAGCAAACGAGGAGAACUCAGCUAUAACAGGCAUUGGUGUCGAUGCUCUUGGAAAGGAUGGAUUGCUUGAUAAGUUGAAGGAUGGUCCUUUGUUCUGGAUAGACACAGCAGAUAAACAACCUUGCAUUGGUACUGGUGGCGUGAUACCAUGGAAGUUACAGGGAAUUGGAAAACUUUUCCAUAGUGGCCUUCCCCACAAGGCAGUAAAUGCUAUGGAAAUGACAAUGGAAGCACUUAAGGAGAUCCAGUUACGAUUUUACAAAGAUUUUCCUCCGCACCCCAAAGAGGAUGUCUAUGGAUUUGCAACCCCGUCAACCAUGAAGCCCACUCAAUGGGUUUAUCCAGGAGGGGGUAUCAACCAGAUCCCUGGCGACUGUACAAUUUCCGGUGAUGUCAGGCUAACUCCGUUUUAUGAUGUAACUGACUGUAUGAAAAAACUUCAAGAAUAUGUCAAUGACAUAAAUGAUAACAUUGAGAAGUUAGAUACUAGAGGACCCGUUUCAAAAUAUGUGCUGCCUGAUGAAAACAUUAGAGGAAGACUUACAAUAACUUUUGAUGAGGCCACCAAUGGUGUGGCUUGUGAUCUCGAUUCCCGUGGGUUUCAUGUUUUAUGCAAAGCUACUGAAGAAGUUGUUGGUCAUGUUAAACCAUAUUCCAUCACCGGAAGUUUGCCACUGAUUCGUGACCUAAAAGAUGAUGGAUUUGAUGUUCAAACAGCAGGCUAUGGUCUGAUGGCAACAUACCAUGCCAAGAAUGAAUACUGCCUUCUUUCGGACAUGUGCCAAGGUUACCAAGUCUUUGCAAGCGUUAUUGCACAAUUAGAAGAUUAACCAUCUUUGUUGGUCUGUACUUUUAUAUUUUUAUUACUGAUCGAAUUUUCGAUGUCUUUACUGUCAAAUAACAAUCUCAAUAAUAAGCCUAUCAUUAUGGUCUGAAUUCAAUCA